GAAAAAUAUAUAUUUUAUAAAGUGUUAAAUUCUAUGGGUAAUAUGACUAUAUAUAGGAUGUGCCCUGCCAUUGCAAGACAUCAUCCCCUCCGUUAAGCAAUGGCCACUCAUGGAUCAUAUAGUACUCUUUGCGCCCUGGCCCUUUGUCUAAUGGCUGCUGCUUUGGCAGCGGCAGAUUAUGGCGACAAUCACUACAAACACAAGUCUCCUCAUCACCAUUAUAAGUCUCCUUCAUCAUCGUGGUUGCCUCCAUAUAUUUAUAAAUCUCCACCACCGCCAUCGUCUUAUAUCUAUUCAUCUCCUCCACCAUCACCUUAUGUUUACAAGUCACCUCCACCUCCUCCUUAUGUCUACUCGUCUCCACCACCGCCACCUUACAUUUAUAAAUCUCCUCCUCCACCUCCUUAUGUUUACACAUCUCCACCACCACCACCCUAUGUUUACAAAUCUCCACCACCACCUCCCUAUGUUUACUCUUCUCCUCCACCACCACCUUACAUUUACAAGUCUCCUCCACCCCCUCCUUAUGUUUACUCAUCCCCUCCUCCACCACCUUACGUUUACAAGUCACCUCCUCCACCAGCAUAUGUGUACUCUUCCCCUCCUCCACCAUCUUACGUUUACAAGUCACCUCCUCCACCUGCAUACGUCUACUCUUCCCCUCCUCCACAAUCUUAUAUUUACAAGUCACCUCCUCCACCUUCAUACGUUUAUAAGUCACCUCCUCCACCUGCAUACAUCUACUCUUCUCCUCCUCCACCAUCUUACGUUUACAAAUCUCCUCCUCCACCUGCAUAUGUUUACAAGUCACCUCCUCCACCUGCAUAUGUGUAUUCUUCCCCUCCUCCACCAUCAUACGUUUACAAGUCACCUCCUCCACCAUCUUAUGUUUAUAAGUCACCUCCUCCACCUGCAUAUGUGUACUCUUCCCCUCCUCCACCUGCAUACGUUUACAAGUCUCCUCCUCCACCUGCAUAUGUGUAUUCUUCCCCUCCUCCACCAUCAUACAUUUACAAGUCACCUCCUCCACCUGCAUAUGUGUACUCAUCUCCUCCUCCGCCAUCUUACGUUUAUAAGUCACCUCCUCCACCUGCAUACAUUUACAAGUCACCUCCUCCACCUGCAUACGUUUACAAGUCACCUCCUCCACCGUCUUACGUUUACAAGUCACCUCCUCCACCUGCAUAUAUUUACAAGUCACCUCCUCCACCUGCAUAUGUGUACUCUUCCCCUCCUCCACCAUCUUAUGUUUAUAAGUCUCCUCCUCCACCUGCAUAUGUGUACUCCUCCCCUCCUCCACCAUCUUACGUUUACAAGUCACCUCCUCCACCUUCAUACGUUUACAAGUCACCUCCUCCACCUGCA